CUUAUACCCGAAUUUCUUCCUUCUUCCCUGUCUGCCCGCACAGCUGUGCACGGAACAGCCGAAACCUGGAGAUCGCUGCACUAUUCCCUUUCCCACAUACACAAUCUCCCUCCUUCCUCCUAUCUCCAUUUCUCCCUAUCUCCACCUUUCCUCAUCCUUCAUCUUCAUCUUUAUAAUCACUCUUCUUCCUCUUGUUGUACUUUACGACCUCAACUGUCGCUUCGAAUUGUCGCUGUACUCUUACUGUACUUACCCGGGUGUGUUUUCGUCAAGGAGAUUAAAUUUAAUUCCGACCGCGCAUCAAUCACGUUCACAAUCACAAUCACGCGACCCUUGUCCAACCAACAACCCAAGCCCGAGGAAUCAAAGACGAAAGGUCCCGAUAUCGAAGAAGUCUUUUGCGAUAAAGCUCUUCAUCCUCUUCUGUCGCAUAUACGAAACAAACAAACAGAAAUCGCCUCAUCGCCACUACGACGGUGCUCAUCCAUCGUCUAAUGUCUGCACCUCACCAUGGCCUUCAACUUCAACUGGUCGCCGCUGACGGCAGACGCCGAGUUCUACCUGCGCGCGCAGGAGAUGCUCACCACCGCGCUCAAUAAGAACCCGAAGCCUCCCAUCAUCGUCGAUGACAUCCUCGUCAGCGAGCUGAAUCUGGGCUCCGUCCCGCCGGAUCUGGAGAUACUGGAGAUAGGGGAUCUUGCCGAGGACCGGUUUCGCGGUAUCUUCAAGAUGUGCUACUCCGGCGACGCCUUCUUGACCCUCAAAACACGGGUCCAGGCAAACCCGAUGAAUACGUACCUAUUUUCAAAACCAUCGUUUACUUCGCCGCAACCUCUAGCUGCAUCGUCCGGAUUAACGAUCCCCUUGAAAAUCACCUUAUCGGAUAUCAAACUAUCGGCCUUCAUCAUCCUCGUCUUCUCCCGCCAAAAAGGACUGACGUUGGUGUUCCGCAAUGACCCGUUAGAAUCCAUCAAGGUUUCAUCGACAUUCGAUUCCAUACCGUUCGUGUGCGAGUAUCUCCAGAAAGAGAUCGAAAUACAGCUGCGGACGUUAAUGAUGGAGGAACUACCCGCCAUCAUCCACCGAUUGUCGCUACGACUGUGGUGCCCGGAAUAUGCUGCGAAGGAAGAGGAAGAACGUCUCGCGGAGGAGAAGCUGAAGGAGGGCGAGGUUGCGACCGACCCUCUCGCAAGCCCACCACAAGAUGCCGUCGACUCGCACGGAAAUGUGUUCGACUCUCGUGAGAUAUCAUCGCUAUCCCUCGAGGACGGCGUCGAAAGCCACUCGCUAUUCUCGCAAAAGAACCUCCUUCGACUGGGCGUGCUGAGCGACUCGCAACGCACCUUCUCCCUCUUCACACCCGCCAUCCGCGACGCAGUCUUCCGAGCAUGGGCCGGCCCAGGCGACCGCGGCGAUGGCUUCGCAAUCACUCCCCCCACCCUGACACGGACCCACUCAGCCGUCUCCAACGGUGCCACAACCUACACCUUCUCCGACCACGACAACGAAGGCAGCCUCCCCCCUUCGCGCCCCUCUCUCAGCCACCUCCCCUCCGCAACAACUGGCCUCAGUCUCGGCGCCGGCCGCCACCGCACCCAUGGCCGCAAGAAGCGCCACCGCGUCGUCAACCUACGCAAGAAGGUCUUGAGCGACACCCUCAGCGAAGGCGGCGACUCCGAAACCACCACCGACACCGACUCCUCUGUCAUGGGCGGCUCCGAGCCCAUCAUGUCCACGCGCAUCCCCGAGACACCAGACGAGGAACCCAUCACCCCCCCGCACUCCCCACAAGUCCGCUUCCGCCCCCGCCUGGACAGCAUCGACCUCGGCGAGACCCCGCGCCAAGUCCCAACCCGCGUCGCCGCACCCGUCCCAACCAGCACCACCCAAACCGCCCUCACCAACGCGAUGGACACCCCCCUCCCCUCCAUCGAGCCCGCAUCCCCCCUCUUCCCGCAACAACGCACAGCUCUCCAGCGCGCCUUCCCGCGCGAGAAGUCGCCUAGCGACUAUAUGCGCCGCGGCUCGCAGAUGGGCAGCCUCAACAACUACUCCCCUUACCCAUAUGAGGGCGCCGCACAAGGCGGCAUCAUCGAGCAGGCGUGGAUGAUGAGUAUGGCAGCUGAGCUGGCGCGGCGCGCGCACCUGCGCAAGCAGGCUGAUGGGAGUGAGUGGGGUAGCGAGAGGCGCGACGAGACGCCUCCGCCGGCUUAUGGGGUAUGAGGUGUUGACCGGCGGAUGGGUUGUGUUUUGAGAUUGUGAGGACUUUCUUAUAGCGUUGAGCGAGUUAGCUUUGACUUUGCUCCCCAUCACCACUCUUGGGUCAUCGGCGUUUUUUUGUGUGUUUUAGCUAGCGAUUUUUCUUUGCUAGCAUUUUCAGUUUCUGUUUUUUAAGGGGCGUUUUUGGGGAAUCUUGGGAUAGGUCCGGGAAUUGACCGGACUUCGGACUGGUAUGUCUGUCUGUCUUUACAAAAUUAUGGGAGACCACCGGCGUGUGGCUUCUGAGGAGGAGAGGAUGAUGGAUUGGGGUGGUGUAUUUUGUGUGAUAUAUGGGUUAGGGAUUGGUGGGGUGUACAAAAGGGGAAAAUUAUUGGUUAUUGGUUGGUGGAGGGGACUUGGUGUAUAUUUUUAUGGAGGAUGGGAUGGUAGAUCAGGUGUGCUCGAAGAUAGAGAAGCGGCUGGAGAGAGUGGGGAGUGAUACUCUGAAUGAAGACGUUGUACACUGUAUUCCACGUUUGUCUCAGUAUAUGUGAUUCCUAUGCCAGUAACAAGUUCACACAAGGUCCAAUAAGUACAAGUAAAUCACA